UCAAUCGAUCUGGCAACGCGGCGCGGUACGUGGCUUCGGGACACGGAAAACAAUUUUUCAGGAAAAGCUAAACAAAAUAUGUUUAAAUCGGUAUAAAAUCAAAAGGAUAUAUGGGCAGACGUCCGACUGAUCGAAGGAGCACAAAAGGCUACAUGAACUAACUCACCAAACAUCAAGCAUCACCAUCAACCUGCACACUCACACACAGAUUCCAAUGAUUCCAAGGAUACAGUGAAGCAAGCGAUAAUUACCAGCACUAUGAGUAACGUACAGAGUGCCCCCAAUGGCGUGGCCGGGGGCGUGCCCGUGGGCGUGGGCGUGGGCAUCAAGACGGCACGAAGCAACAUCUUCAACGUGGAUGGGCUUCCUCAGCAGAUGGCCGCCAUGAGUGUGGAUUACUCCAGCAUCCGGGGCAAGGAUGUCCUCGUGCAGCCCAGCGACGAACAGAUGGAGCUCCUGCAGAAGAGGCUAAAGGACCGCAUUGCCGACAACUGCGGGGAGACCAUCUACGAGAUUGGCGUUGGCGAAGAUGGCAGCGACAAUGGGCUGAAUCCGGAGCAGUUUGAGGCUUCCGUGGCCACACUGCAUCUUCUGGCUGCCAAUAUAGACGCAGACGUCGUCAAACUGCGUGAGCGGCGGGCAGAGAAGGGCCAAUCGGCGCAGUUCCUUAUCCGAAAGCACAUCGAGACGACGGACUUUAUGGAGAUAAGGGUGGCUGUCGUGGGCAAUGUGGAUGCGGGCAAGUCCACGCUACUGGGCGUGCUAACCCACGGGGAACUGGACAAUGGUCGUGGCCAUGCCCGACAACGUCUGUUCCGUCACAAACACGAAAUCGAGAGCGGACGGACAAGCUCAGUAGGAAACGACAUCCUCGGCUUUGAUGGAGUGGGCAAUGUGGUAAAUAAGCCGGACCAUGGCCACCUGGACUGGGUUAAAAUUUGCGAAAACUCGGCGAAGGUAAUAACCUUCAUUGAUCUGGCGGGACACGAGCGCUACCUGAAAACCACUGUCUUUGGCAUGACGGGACAUGCUCCAGAUUUUGGCAUGCUGAUGAUUGGCGCAAAUGCUGGCAUCAUUGGAAUGACCAAGGAGCAUCUGGGGCUGGCCUUGGCGCUAGCCGUUCCCGUUUUCGUGGUGGUCACCAAGAUCGACAUGUGUCCAGCCAACGUGCUGCAGGACAACAUGAAGCUUCUGUUCAAGAUGCUCAAAUCACAGGGUUGCCGAAAGGUGCCGGUGGUGGUGCGUUCCCACGACGAUGUUGUCCUAAGCGCCACGAAUUUCGUUAGCGAGCGUUUGUGCCCCAUCUUCCAGGUGUCGAAUGUGACCGGUGAUAAUCUGGAGCUGCUCAAGAUGUUCCUCAACCUGUUGAGCACACGCAUGGCUGGCUCCGAGAGUCUGCCGGCCGAGUUUCAAAUCGACGAUGUGUAUUCUGUCCCAGGAGUCGGUACAGUAGUCUCCGGCACUUGCCUCCAGGGCACCAUUCGGCUGAACGACUGCCUAAUGCUUGGUCCCGACGCUGUGGGUGGAUUCGUGCCCAUUACCAUCAAGAGCAUCCACCGCAAGCGGAUGAACGUGGCGCGCGUGCGUUGCGGCCAAACGGCGAGCUUUGCCCUGAAGAAGAUUAAGCGCGCCUAUCUGCGCAAAGGCAUGGUGAUGGUGUCGCAGGAUCUCAAGCCGCAGGCCUGCUGGGAGUUCGAGGGUGAGAUUCUAGUACUACACCACCCGACGACAAUAUCGGCACGCUACCAAGCGAUGGUACAUUGCGGCAGCAUCCGUCAGACGGCCUCCAUCAUUCACAUGUCGCGUGACUGUCUGCGAACGGGCGACAAGGCACAUGUCAAGUUCCGGUUCAUCAAACAGCCGGAGUACAUUCGCGCCGGUCAGCGUCUGGUCUUCCGCGAGGGACGCACCAAGGCGGUGGGCAAUAUCCUUCGUCCGCUGCCCAAUGCGGCCGCUUCUCCAUAUCGCCCCAAGCCCGCCAAGAUGCAAUCGCGUUCGCAGAACGGCGGCAGCAAUGGCAGCAACAACCAGCAUCGGCAGCAGGGGCAAGGAAGCUCCUCGGGAGCGGGCUGCAGCAAGGAUGCGGGCGACGAGAAGCUGAAUGGUGACAAGCGCGAGGGCGGCAGUCGACGGGGCGGCAAGCGGAAACGAAACAAUCGGCCAAAUCCCUCUGGCGGAGGAACGGGCCAGUCCAAUGGGUCGGCCGCUCUGGGUCUGCCACUCGGCGAAAUGCCCUCGUCGUCAUCUGCAGAAGUAGCACCGGCUGGUCUCACCGAGUGAGGAGUGCCGCCUCCAAAAUUUGUUCUAGUUGUGUAAGCUAAGAUAUUUUUGAAAUCCUAAAAAGAACCGGAGGAAUGUAUUUUCAUACUCUCCAGUCCAGACUCCUGAUCUGAAGGGGCGUUCGCCUCCAAUAAAUGGUUCCGUGUCCCGUACUCGUCCACUGUAAAUUGUGCGAAAUGCCAAACCCAA